AUGAAUCCCUUCACACGAACAACUGCAAACUGGCACCCAGUAGGAUUAGCAUCCCAGCUCCCAAGCAUCGAAGAUGAUAUGCGUAUCGUACCAAGAUGCAAAGCUUUCAACGUCCCCACAAACGGCCCAAUGGAACGAGUCGAAGACAUUGAUUUACCGGGAGAAUUGAAAGAUCAAGUCUUGGUGUUCAAGUACAAAGGAAAAUAUCAUGCUAUUGAUCAUCAAUGCCCACACUCGUCGUUUCCACUUUCACAGGGCAACGUCUUCGACAUUGAAGACUUUGGCAUCACACUUAGUGCGGGGAUCACCUGUCCAAAACAUGGUUGGUCAUUCGAUCUCUUCACUGGGCAGGCGGAUCGUGGCAACUACAAGCUCAAGGUGUGGGAGGUGCAGCUUCGCGACACACCGACCCCGGGGAGCAUCGACCAGGAGGUUUGGGUGAGGCGAAAACAAAGAAUCGCGGAGGCCAAGAAUCAAGAUGACUCGUCACAUUAUGACUUUGUCAUUGUUGGUGGAGGGACCAGUGGCCUGGUUAUUGCUAACAGACUCUCCGAACUGAGGGACGUGACCGUGGCUGUUAUCGAAGCUGGAGAUUCCGUUCUGAAUAACCACAAUGUUUCUACGGUGACGGGCUACGGUCGGGCAUUCGGCACAGAAAUUGACUGGGCCUACCAAACCGAAGACCAAACAUAUGCCGGAGGGGGCAAGCAAACCAUGCGUGCUGGAAAAGCAAUUGGUGGCACGAGCACGAUCAACGGGAUGUCGUAUACGCGAGCACAAAAAGCCCAGAUCGACGCUUGGGAACAUGUCGGAAACAAGGGUUGGAAUUGGGAUAGUCUCUUCCCAUACUACAAGAAAUCAACAAGGCUACAAGUGCCCACAUCAGACCAGAUUGACCAAGGAGCCGACUAUUACAUCGACUAUCACGGGAAAGACGGCCCUGUCAAAAUCGGAUGGCCUAGAGCGAUGACCAACAGUACCAUGCUACCUCAGCUCGAUGAAACCUUCCAGCGGCUCGGUCUUCCCUUCAACAGAGACGCCAAUGGUGGUAGCAUGGUAGGACUGACAGUUCAUCCCAACACCGUCGACCGCGAAGCCAAUGUGCGCCACGAUGCAGCCCGAGCUUACUAUUGGCCAUACGAAAAUCGCUCUAAUCUGAAGAUCAUAUCCAACACUUACGCAAAUAAGGUCAUCUGGGCGAGCAAUGCAGGUAGCGAGGCAGUCGCAAUUGGCGUCGAAGUUACCGGAGUCGAUGGAAUCGGCACGAUCUAUGCCUCGAAGGAAGUCAUCCUGUCGGCGGGCUCUCUCAAAUCAUCUGUGCUGUUGGAACUGUCAGGCAUCGGUAAUCCCGAUGUCCUCAGUAAGUACGACAUACCGGUCAGAGUCAAUAUCUCCACCGUCGGGGAGAACCUACAGGAUCAAACAAACAGCGGACUCUCUUAUGAAGGGAACGCCCUCUGGCUCGGCUCACCAACGUUUUCCGCUCUGCCUUCAGCCAGUCAAAUAUUUGGCGACAAUGUCUCUGAUGUCGCUUCACUUGUCAACGCGAGCCUCGCAGAUUACGCAAGGGCUGUCUCGAAAUACUCCAACGGCGCAGUGCAGGAAGUCAAUGCCCUGAAUGCCUUCCAACUUCAGUACGAUCUUAUCUUCAAGUCUCAGGUCCCUUAUGCGGAAAUCGUUCUGCUUCCCAUCGGACACUCAUUUUCCAGCGAGUACUGGCCUCUUCUUCCGUUCUCGAGGGGAAGCAUACAUAUCCAGUCCGCGGACAGCUCCCAGCCACCUUCGAUUAACCCGAAUUAUUUUAUGUUUGAUCAAGAUUUAAGUGCUAAUGCCGAAGUGGCUCGGUAUGUCCGUAAGGCAUUUCACACUGCUCCUCUGAGCAACCUUGUGGGAGAGGAGCUCGCACCGGGGCAGGAGCGUGUUCCAGAAAAUGCAUCAGAACCUAUAUGGGAGAGCUGGGUCAAGUCAAAUUACAGAUCAAACUUCCACCCAGUCGGUACAGCCAGUAUGCUGCCUCGGGACAAAGGUGGUGUUGUUGGCAAUGAUCUUCGAGUCUACGGUACCAAGAACGUUCGUGUGGUCGAUGCUUCUAUCUUGCCCUUUCAACUGUGUGGCCAUCUGACAAGUACCCUCUAUGCGGUGGCAGAGCGAGCGUCAGACUUAAUCAAGAGGAGAUAUAUAUUCUAG